GGCGCGGCGGGCGGGGUAAGAUGGCGGAACUGGGGAAGAAGUACUGCGUGUACUGUCUGGCUGAGGUGAGCUCGCUCCGUUUCCGUUGCACCGAGUGCGCCGACAUCGAGCUCUGCCCAGACUGCUUUUCGGCAGGCGCCGAGAUCGGGCCGCACCGCCGAUGGCACGGCUACCAGCUGGUGGACGGCGGCCGCUUCACCCUCUGGGGGGCCGAGGCCGAGGGCGGCUGGAGCAGCCGGGAGGAGCAGCUGCUGCUGGACGCGAUCGAGCAGUUCGGCUUCGGCAACUGGGAGGAUAUGGCUGCUCAUGUUGGAGCAUCCCGAACUCCCCAGGAAGUUAUGGAACACUAUGUAAGCAUGUAUAUCCAUGGCAACCUUGGAAAAGCCUGCAUCCCUGACACUAUACCUAACAGAGUGACAGAUCACACUUGUCCUAGUGGUGGCCCACUUUCUCCUAGUCUGACCACACCCCUCCCUCCUUUAGACAUAUCAGUGGCGGAACAGCAGCAGUUGGGAUAUAUGCCACUUCGAGAUGACUAUGAGAUUGAGUAUGACCAGGAUGCUGAGACUCUGAUCAGUGGUCUUUCAGUGAACUAUGAUGAUGAUGAUGUGGAAAUAGAAUUAAAAAGAGCUCAUGUUGAUAUGUACGUAAGAAAACUUAAGGAGAGGCAACGGAGGAAAAACAUUGCACGAGAUUAUAAUCUGGUACCUGCCUUUCUUGGGAAGGAUAAAAAGGACAAGGAAAAAACUCCAAAACGGAAGAUCACAAAAGAAGAAAAGGAGUUGAGGUUAAAACUGAGGCCUCUCUAUCAAUUCAUGUCUUGUAAGGAGUUUGAAGACUUCUUUGAGAACAUGCACAAGGAGAGGGUACUUCGAGCAAAGAUUCGAGAACUGCAGCGGUACCGUCGAAAUGGAAUCACCAAAAUGGAAGAGUCAGCAGAAUAUGAGGCAGCUAGACAUAAACGGGAGAAGAGGAAGGAGAAUAAAAAUAUAGCCAAUUCCAAGAGAGGAAAGGAAGAUGGUAAGGAUGGGGAAUUUGCUGCAAUUGAAAAUCUGCCUGGCUUUGAACUCUUAUCAGACAGAGAAAAGGUGCUCUGUAGCUCUCUAAAUCUGAGUCCGGCACGUUAUGUGACUGUGAAAACUAUAAUUAUUAAAGACCAUCUCCAAAAAAGACAGGGUAUUCCCUCAAAAAGUCGCCUUCCCAGUUAUUUGGACAAGGUACUAAAGAAAAGGAUUUUAAACUUCCUAACAGAAAGUGGUUGGAUAUCUAGGGAUGCUUCAUGAAACUCGUCUGAUUUGAAAGCUGAGUCAAUGUGAAUAAAUGGCUCAUCGUGGGCCAAAUUACUCUGUUACUUUCUCUCCCUCCCCAAAGAUAGGAUUUUUUCCUGUAAAACAUGAGUAUUUACAAUCCUCUGUCCAAAAGGAUGCUCUUACGUUGGAUCAUGGAAAAUACCAAACUGUAACUUCUUGUGUGAUCUUAAAGUUAAGUACUUUAAGAUAAAGGAUUUGCCGCUAAAUAUUCAUUGCAGAAUGAGGUGGAUCAGAUUUCAUCUCUUUUGGAACAUUAUUGGAACGGAUAUGUUCUUACUUCGAUUUAUUCAAAUCCAGUAGCCCGAGGCUAGUUGUUAUACUCUCUGCUGUUGGACAAAAGGGUUAUUAGUGCAACACUUGCUUGUUCUGGGGUGGGAGAUGGAAGCAUUCAUUUGAUGGAGCCUAUCUUGUAUCACUCUCUUCAUGGUGCUGGUAGCCAAAUGAAACUUACAAAAAUUCUGAGCUUUGAAGUACAGAACACUUGAAGUGAGCAUUUUGUGACUAGUGCUUAGCUUCCAGCAUUCUUUACUCAGUAACAAGGACCUGUAUUGUGGUAGAGUGAUGUGAGCACAUAUAGAAAAUGCAUGAGGAGGUGAGUCAACAGGAUGGGACAGGGACAUGGAAUAUGGUGGAUAAGUUGUUUCCAGUCACUUCCCUCAUGGAGCAGAUUCUUAAAAACUUAUUUUCACACUGAAUUGCCUCUUAAGCAGAUUACUCCAGGGUCUGUGCUGGCAUAGAUCCUGUAGGAAACUCCUGUUGCAGACAGAUAAUUCAGUAGCCACAGAGUUCCCUGCCCCUACUCUGGGCAUGGGGGGGCUUAACUGGUCCAGCGAAAUGUAAUGUUCUUCUGAAUCUGGUCAGUUGUUAAUGUACAUUUUCAUCUAAUACUGAUGUACAAACCACUGAUGUAAAAACAUGGGAGCUACUUCAGACUUGCAGCUAAAGUCCCCUGCUCAUUUAAAAAAUAUGAAACUAAAUCAAGCCAUUACAUGUUGCCCAUUGCACAUAUUUUGCUUAAAAUAUGUUGAGACAAAUUUAUUGCAAAUGGCAGCAAAAAUCUUAAUUUGCAACUU